CCAAGUUCGGAUUGUCGAUCGGGCCGCUACAUCGGGGUCCCGCCCCUCGAGGGAAGGUGCGACCAUCGUCCUCUCAACCACCGCCUUCGGGUCCAUCGCGAACCCAUCCGCAACUUCCAUUAACGUCGAGUUUCAACAGAAGAUAUGCCUCAAAUGCAGCCUAUGGCUGUCUCUCAAAUUCUAUUGCGACUUCUUAUAAUUUCAACGGCAUUAACUUCUCUGUCGUACGGCGACGUCGGUACCGCCGCUCGGUAUAGCCCUCCAUACACUCCUCCUGCUUGCUAUGGAAACGAUCCGUCACAGUUCCCAUCGAGCAACCUGUUCGGGGCAGCGGGGGAUGGAAUAUGGGACAAUGGGGCGGCAUGUGGGAGGCAGUAUCUGGUUCGAUGUAUUAGCGCCACCGUAGCCGGGACUUGCAACCCAAGCCAAACGAUCCAAGUUCGGAUUGUCGAUCGGGCCGCUACAUCGGGGUCCCGCCCCUCGAGGGAAGGUGCGACCAUCGUCCUCUCAACCACCGCCUUCGGGUCCAUCGCGAACCCAUCCGCAACUUCCAUUAACGUCGAGUUUCAACAAGUCUGAGAUGAUAGAGAACUUUCGAUUUCUAAAAUUAAUACGAGGUCGCUGGCAAUCUCUGACGUCGUCGACGAUCUCGGUUAGGGUGACACACUAAGAGAAAGGGUUGAAUGUGUAAUGACACACUCUUUCGCUUAUGAAUUAAGAGAUUGUAUAGAUUGGAUUCUUGCUAGCGAAACUAUCUGUGUCCCAUAUCGAGUAACUUGCUUGAGUGGUGAGCAAUUUACUAAUACGUGCCAUCCUUUCAAGGUGAAAGAUUUGUUUAACAUGGGCUAGGCAAAGUUUAGCUUAGUCAAUGGAAAUCGCAAGCGAAUAAGAAUUGUCUCGAAAUCGGA